AUGGGUUUUAUUCUUACAGGGAAGAAAUGGCGCAGUCUAACACCCCAGGACAGACGGCCCUAUGUUGAAGAAUCGGAGCGGCUUCGAGUUCAACACAUGCAUGACUUUCCACACUAUAAGUACAGACCACGUCGACGGAAACAGCAUUCCAAACGAGGAGCUCGAAAAGGAACAAAUUCGAGCUCUCCAACCCAGAAUCCGUCCAUAACAGGAUUGCCAAACUAUAAAAAUGGUUAUUCUUUUUAUUACCCGGUUACCACUGACAUUUCUUCCUUUUCAACAGGACCACGAACUUUAAGAACAAGUGAACUAGGUGGAGUUCAAACUCCCGAUUCCUCUCCUCAUGGGAGUCCAUGUUCUGAGGUUCCAGCACGAAGGAUAGAACGAUAUCGGAUCCAUGAAUAUACCGAAUUGACUAAUAUUGGUCUCGAUUCCAUCCAAUCUCUUCCUACUCCUGAAAUGUCUCCAGUUGAAACAGAACUUGACAGUUUCGUACUUCGAAAUGCACUGAAAGAAAAACAUAAGAUAAAGAACCCAGUAGGUCAGUUGGUGGCCAAAUUUAGCGAUUCUUCUAGUUUUUUUCAGGAUAUAAAGCCUCCAUUUCAAAACCAAAUACAUCAAGGGAUUGGCCAUGUGAUCAAAUCAUGUCAGGACACACGUCGUCCAUCGUGUGCACUGGAACGUCAAAACAGCUUUUUGUCCAUGUACACCCAAGAAGCCCAUUCUUCAUUUCAAAAUGUUUCGGUCCAACAAGGUCAAGCAUGCAGCCCCACGCCAUUGACACCACAAUCGCGUUAUCUACAUUAUCAAGUUUCCAACAGUAAUUACUCUCCUCAACAAGAAUAUCCAGACUCAACCAUGAUGGAGCAUGCACUGAAAGAUAGCAUAACUAUUUCUUAUCCAGAAGUCGACUCAUCAGAGCCAUCGUCGUUUUCUUCCCAGUUCCCCACGGCCUAUGAGUGUAAUCCUAACUUCAACUUUCGGAAAGUUUAUGAGAGUCAGUCAUCACCUAUCUUCACUGGUCAAGAUUCUCAGCUAGACUCUUUCGAAGAUAACUAUGGUCAGCUUUCAUCCAACAGAACUCCUUGCUCCCUGUACUCAAGACAAGACAUUAGCACCCCUCAACAAGACACGACAGAUGACACUUGUGGGGUCAUAGCUGCUUUGAAGGAAACCCGGCGAAUAUUCUCCUAA